UUCAAACAAACUAUAGUUUCCUGGAACAAACUGUAGGUAAAGCUGAAGAGCAAAUGGGUACUGUAUUAUCUUCUUCCUCUUCCUCCAUGGCUCUCCAUCGCCUGCUCCGACCUGCUCCCAUCCUUUCUUUCUCAUUCCUUAAGCAAUCUCUCUCUCUUCUUCCCCAUCAAACGACAUCUCUUCAUCCCAGCACCAGCAAUUCCCUUUCCUUCUUCCCCUCUCUUCGUACUCAUACAGCAAUCUUCCUUCUCUCUAGAACUUUCUCGAACCUUCCAGUUAGCUGUACUUAUCAAUCCCUCUUGGAAUCCCCUGAGAAUGUAGAAGACGAGGAAAUUGCAGAAGAAAAUGGACAAGUGACUGCCCCCAGGCCCAGAGAGUCUGAGAGAAAAAUAUUAAGGGCGAAAUUGCCGAACCUGACUGUUAAGGAGAAGAAAGAAUUGGCAUCGUAUGCACACAGUUUAGGGAAGAAGCUAAAGAGUCAACAGGUUGGCAAAUUUGGUGUUACUGAUACUGUGGUAAUGGCUUUGGAGGAGACUCUUGAAGCUAAUGAGCUUCUCAAGCUCAAAAUACAUGGUACCUGUCCCGGAGGAGAGCUGGAUGAUAUUGUAAAGCAUUUAGAGGAAGCUACUGGCUCAGUGGUUGUUGGUCAAAUUGGUAGGACUGUGAUUCUCUACCGUCCAAGCCUGACAAAAAUGAAAGCUGAAGAGAAGAAGAAACAGGCUCAAAGUCUUUUCUUGAAAAAACAAAAACAAUAUGCAGAGAGACGAUCAUUUCAGGAUAAAGGACAGGUACCGAGAUCAUAUGCUCGUGGUCGCAGAGGAAGUAGCAGGGUUUGAUCUUUCAUUGUGGCUCAUUUCUUCAUUUCCUUUCCACAAUAGCCACCACAGGGCUCCCAUGGCUCGGUUAAAUUUUCACAAUUAUUUCCUUGGAUGGAUAGGCACACGCACGUUUUCAGUCUGAAGAUAAAGACUUUAUGAAAUAUCUCAGCAGUAGAAAUUUACAUAAGAAAAGUUUGCAUUUGUACCUUUUGUAAUUUUCGUGAGAUAUCAGAUGAUCUAGAAGAAAGAAAUCGUCGAUUUUGAUUAGUGUAAAAAAUAGUGGACAUUAUUCAUGGGAAGUGCGAGGACUUGGGUGUAUAAACUAACAAUGCUUGCAGGAAUAUUUAUUUCACAAAUAAUUACAAACUUACAAUAA